AUGAAAGCGAAUACGAGCAGUGAAGCCGGACGGGCGGCCGUUCAGGUCAUUCUGUUGAGUAUUCUGGACAGCGGAGCAGGAAGCAGAUUGGAGCCGGCUGGGUCGUGCCAAUUGGCGCCCUCGGGUCGUCUGGAAAUUGCGGAAAAUUCUGUGGAUUAUCGUGUGCGGGAAGCUGAAGACUUUGUUGCUGAUGUUAUAAAAACGUUUGCGAAGAAGGAGCAGUUGUACAGAGUGCGACGACCGGACAGGUGUCUUAAGGCCUUGAGCAACCGGGUGUUGAGUGCGGCCAGGCUUUCAGGUCGUGAGCCUACGAUGGAGACUGCUCAAUUAAGGGGGAGUUGUCGGUGGCGCUGGGCCCGAUUGGCAGAGGUGUUUUAUAACGGACUAGAUCGUAAUCGAAUGCUGCAGCUGCUUGAGCGUUGCAAAGCACUGCUCGGUCGACCGGUUGGAAUGACGAACGAAUGGUAUCUCGCGAAGGUUUUGCAGACUUUUGGAGAUAGUCGUGUAAUUUUUAAGUGGCUGGAAAAGACUGCACACGCGUGUGCGGACGAGGACAUAAAGAGCCAAGCAUUAUUGUUUGACAAUAAUGUGGCACGGAACUUCGUCGGUCUUCCGGCCACCACUGAACAUGGCAGACAGGUGAUCUCUACAAUUUCUCAAGCGGUUAACUGGCUGCUGAAAACUCGCAUUGGCGACGGCAAUUUCCGAAAGAUCUUGAGAAGCCAAGACUACUACUGGUCUCGUGUCGACGACUUCAGCAUCUCACUCGCUGUACAUCUGCGCAACUUCUGGGGACCGGAACGCUUCAACAGGAUCACCCAUCUUGCAACCUCGCUUAUACCCAUCCGCGGGUCCAUCACCACUUCAGACACGUGCUUCUUCGCCUGUUUCCUUAACGCCGUGCAACUUAGCUGUCCUUAUGUCUUCCGCUGCUUUUGCUCCCGGUCCGGAUUACCAUACGUCUACCGCACCGGCACGGUCUACCAUAGAGCCGAAUCCGAAGGCAACGACUUUUUCGGUCAACUUCCCAACCCACAAGCUCAGACUGCUGAGGCUCAGAUUGCUGUGGCUCACAUUGCUGAGGCUCAGACUGCUGAGGCUCAGACUGCUGAGGCUUAG